GACGCCGCACACAGACAAGUCGUCGACACUCUCGCCACCUGGGACGGUAGCAUAGCGCAUCGCCUGGAAGAAAACAGCAGCAGCUCGUCUGAGCGCAACUCUCGCCGGCCACUCGCUGCCUUGCUCCCUUUAAGGCUUCUGUCCUCGGAACCAGCGCACCCCCAGUGCAGAGGUCUCGUUAACGACCCUGGAUUUUUAAUUAGAGACUGCUUGUUGCAGUCCUUGUUCUCUAGUUAGCAAGUCCGUGCUGGAGGAGUCGGUCUGAUGCUGAUGCGGCGACGACUGCUCUGAUUCCUGGUCUGUAAAAAGCCCGCUCUACGGCUCUCUCCAUUCGCUGUGGAGAAAUACUCUUCUCGCCCUGGUGCGACAUAUUUUGAGCGGCUGUUUGUUUUGACUUAAACUCCUAACGAUGACCGACUCUUCGGCUCCAGAUCUCUGUACUGCUCCGGAACCCGCCGUCGUGAAUCCCGCAGCUCAAAACGGACAGUGUGCCCCCACAGACCUGCACCCACCCAAGAGAGGAAGCCGGGGAGACUCGUUCAACAUGGACCUGGAUCAGCAGAUGAAAAUAACCGAAAGCGUGCAGUUCCGUGACGGAGUGGAGAAUCGAGGUCUGCUAGAAAGCAGCACUCGACUGAAGCCCCACGAAGCCCAGAGCUACCGCAAGAAGGCCUUAUGGGUGUCCUGGAUUUCCAUUGUCGUCACUUUAGUCCUGGCUGUGGCUGCCUUCACUGUUUCCAUAAUGAGGUACAGUGCUUCUGCCUUUGCAUUUGCUUUCGAUGCUACGCUGGAUGUUCUGUCCUCGAUUAUUGUGCUCUGGCGCUACAGCAACGCUGCAGCUGUGCACUCGGCUCACAGGGAAUACAUAGCCUGUGUGAUCCUCGGAGUUGUGUUCAUUCUGUCCUCCAUGUGCAUCUUGGGAAAAGCCAUUCAUGACCUGGCAACACAUCUGCUCCCGGAAGUGGACAACUUCCUCUUCAGCGUGUCCAUCCUGAGUGGAAUCCUGUGUGUCAUUCUGGCUGUGCUGAAGUUUAUGCUGGGCAAAGUGCUCACCAGCAGAGCCUUGAUUACAGAUGGGUUCAACUCUCUCGUUGGAGGAAUCAUGGGCUUCUCCAUUCUAAUCAGCGCAGAAGUGUUCCGACAUCACCCCAGAAUCUGGUAUCUGGAUGGAACAAUAGGAGUUCUUAUUGGCCUCAUCAUUUUCGCCUAUGGAGUAAAGCUGCUCAUGGACAUGGUCCCCCGCGUGAGGCAGACGCGUCACUACGAGCGGUUCGAGUGAGCUCCUCGGGCAGCGGGCGUGUGAGCGGAGCCCCGGGAGUCCUCCCGCCCCAGAGAGCCAACAAGCAGAGACGAGCCGGUGCCGGUGGCGCGUACAUUCCGACGAGCUUCGCUUCGACAUCUUCCCGCUGCUUUCGGGUCUCGGGCGUGGACGGGCCGGGAGAGCCAAGGAGGCAGGCAAAGAGACAGACCAACCCCGGAGGGCCUCUUUCCCUGCCUCCUCCAGGAGGACGGCCAAGGGUCUUACCUUCACAGCAGCCCCACGCUAGCCGCCCUUACCCACCAGUAGCUGAAUACUUCACAGUCCACAAGAGCUGGCUGGCUCUCAUUGCUGUACAGGGUGGUGUACUGUAUACGUUAUUUUCAGUUGCAAGACAUCAGGAUCGUACUCUCUAGCAGUGUUUUAGAAUCAUAGGUUGUUCGUAGUGACUUUGGUUAGAAAACGUUUAUGAAACAUGUGGCAGUACAUAUUCAGGCGCUUUUUUUCCUCCUGGGUUAAGUAGCGACAGCUCAGACCAGCCCCGCAGGAACCGGCCUGUAGGGGAAUUCAUGGCAGAAGAGCCGGAUCCAGGCAGGCCUACCACAGCUGCUCAAGCCUCGUUCAGUCACGGACAUCCCUUCAUGUUCAGUACCUACAGUACGUGUUUCGAAAGACCUUAUUACUAAUUAGAAAGGUGUAAAAUUAAAUGAAAAUUAAGGUCUGCGCGUUACACAAAAGAAAAAAAGAGAAGAAACACUAGUCUAAAAAUAUCACACAAGUCGAACAACAUCUGAGAAAAAAGUUGCCGAAAGGGGACAAGGUUUUACGUGCCAGUCUCUCACUGAGGUGAAGCAGGAUGGAGCCAGGAAACAGAGCCUUUGUUCCUAAGAACUCAAGUCAAUAAAAUCAGCACAAACGCUGCUCUGACUCACCUUCUGCCAGUAGGAAGCCACACAGCCAGUGUACACAAUGUACACAAACACAGACUUUUCUUAUAUGGGACGAGAUGCUGUGCAGAUGCGAUUGGCUUGUACUCACACUCAGUCAGUCAGCGGACACGCCUGCGAGCAGGAGGUGCCUCAUCUGGGCUGCAGCCUCAGUGGGCUGCUUAGCAUCAGAUGGACGCAGUCUUAGGUAGAGUUACUUUUAAACAGUAAUCCACUACCAUUACAAGUUGCUUGUGAAGGCGAUUACAUUUCAAAAUGAAUAUUCUGAGGAAAAGCACCAUUAAGAAGUAACGCAUUAUUACUCCCCAUAAAUUCCAUAGAUCACUGAUGACUUCUCCAAACGUUUAUUUCAUUCUAAGAAGGAAUGCUUGUGUAAUACCUUCCACUAGUAAUCUGUAGCUGCAAUGGAUUACUCUUUAAAAGUAACUUUGCCCAGGACUGAAGGCAGGCAGUCGCUGGUGGGAAGGACUCAGUCUUGGUUAAUCUUUCUGUCUCGGCUUUCUCUAUUUUCACUUAGCAGAAUAGAAAAGAAGAAUUGGGGAUGAAAAUAUUUUGUUUCCUAUACGUCUUUAUGGUGCCUUGGGAACUAGUAUCUUAGAUAAAAAGUUUUAAAUGAGACUGAAUUAGUGCCAUUUAUUGAAUUGAUAGACAUAUAUAUAUAUAAAUGUUGCCUCUUGGUAAUUGAUCUUGUUUCCUUCAUGUUUUUGGUGAUGUUUUCUUGAUUUCCAAGGUGAAGUAUACCAGGUCUCGAUGUGCAAUUGGCAAACAAAACGUUCAUUUUGACUGCCAAAGGAAAGAUCAGGAACUAGGUGAAAUGAGCUCACCUUUUUUCACCCAAGGUACUGGCUAGAGUUCAGGGCUGUCGAGAGGAUUCUUGUUUUUCUCUUAGUAUAGAAAAUGUGAUCUUAGCCGCUGCUUUUUCCCCUCAUACUUUCUUCAAUACCAUUCUGUAAAAAAAGGGAGGAAUUGCCUUUCAAAACAUGGCAGCAUAAACAAGCAGCACCCCAAGAGCCCUGGCUUGCCCAAGCAUAGCCGCAGGCUGAGCGUCUCGAUAGCAGCCCUCUCUCUGCCUGGGCUCACAGCAGGCUGUUGUGGGACAUUGUCUUUGGGUAAAUGUGCACAAACAGAAUUGCAUUCAGGCUGAUUGUAUAAAAUACACUGAAGCGCAGACUCUAAGGCAGGAUCUUAUAUUUCUGGUAGUCUGUCGGGAUGUAUACAUACUGUAUAGUGAAGUCAUGCUUCAGUCUUUGGCAGAAAGGCCAAAGUCAAAAUUAUACUGCAGCUUCAGUCAUCUUAGUGCACAAUACAUUAUUUAUUUUGUUGUUUUAUUUUCUCUACAGGGAUACCAGCAGCUAUUGUAAAUAAAUAUUGUAAAUAGAAAUUAUAGUAUGUUAAUGCUGGGAGUGUCCGGGUGAGAAGGCUUGUAAAAUUAGCUGAACAAUCAUAAGAAACCUUCAUUUAUUUAUGACUAUAGCCUUAGCAAAUCACUGAUUAGGUGUGAUAUUAGUCUUUUUACCUGUUGUGGGUAUAUUGUAAACUUUGGACCUAAGCUGUAGAAUUUCAUUAAGUCUGGUGAAACAUGAAAAUACUUUUGAGCUGACCAUCACAUUUUACUCUGUACUAAAUUCUAUAUUUUUUAAAUAAAUGAAUGUAAACUUAUAGCACUAUUUUCUUCCAGUCCUAUCAACCUUUUUAAACUACUUUCCAAAUUAUCGUCAAGCCUCGCACUGUGUUUCUACAGUAUUUGAAAGUCAUAAAAGCAAAUCGAGUGCAGCUCUCAGAAUGACUGGAGCCGCCCUGUGAGGUAAAAUUGGAGAAAAGUCUGUAUUUACAGCACAAGAACCAAGAACAAGCACAGUCCCUGAAUCAUCCCUGAAUCCUGACAAUCUUUUUUGGAGCUGAACUAUGACCUCAGUUAAGGUAUUUAACAGCUUCGUAGCACAUAUCUAGAGCCCAUCUCACAUUCUCCCUUUCGAGUCCUUGUGUUUGAAUUGAAAAAUCCUCACUUAAUUUUUGUCAUCCCAGCAGAUCCGCUGGCAGCCAUGAUCCUUCCUAAUCCUGGGAAAGGCAGCGGUUCAACAAGGCCCGGGGACCUGUAGCAUUCCCGACCAGCCCUGGCUGUGGAAACAAAAAAAGCACAUUUUGUACAGUCCCGGAAGCAUCUAAAAAAAUCUCAACACUGUGUACAUAAAUUGGUGUUUCUGUGAGGUAUUUUAAUAUUGAAACAAAGCGUCCUCAAAGGCUGUAGUACUUGUGAAAUUAUUAAAUAUAAUUAUAAAAUAUAGGAGGUAGACAUUAUGUUCUUAGAAGGCUAAUUCUGAGUUAACUCGUGCAAUGUAAAGUUUCACAAAGACAUUUGUCCAGACGUAACUGUAGAAGCGCUGAUGUACUGUAACUACUGCACCACAUUCGUCAAAAUUGCAGCAUUUACUGUUUUUAUCAGAACCCUUUUCAGCAUGAAGCCAUCUUUAAUUUUUUUUGCAUUGCACAAUGAGUAUUAAAAGACCUAAAUGAAAAAUCUUGUAGGCAACGUUAUCAUGCACCGAAAUAAUGGUAUAAUAUACCCUUGCUUAAUUGGGGUCUCAUGGCUAAUGGACAUUUGCAACAUGAUUUUUAUGAAUGGUUGGAACUCUAUGGAGUGGUGUGCUAUACCCAAAACACUAAUGGUAACUAUUUAAUAUGUACUGUAGCAGGAGAUCUCUUUUGUGGCAGUGGUGUUCUCGUUAAUGAAUUGGUAUUUCUCGGCAAUCAAGCAUUGUUCAUUUUUUAAGGUCCUACUGAAUGGAAGACAAGAUGCCCGAUUAGCUUCUCAUUUUCGGGAAAGCGAGGAAAAAGAGGACAGGGGAUACACACGAGCACCUGCCAGCUGCUGUGCAGCUCAUGAGGCUGGGAUGAAGGCGUGUCGCGUAUACUGUACAUACCUCACCUCUGGCUGCCUGAGCCACAAACACUCCACGUGUUCCAAAGGCUCCUCCUCUAUGGACAGUGGUUGACAGGGACAGACUGGUAAAGUGUAGUGUACAACUUGAUUUGCGUUCACUUGGUCUGUAACAUUAAGUGUGAUGUGAAAUGUAUGUGACUACUGCAUUGGUACUACUGACGAUGUAUACAGCCUGUGUAUUUAUAAAGCACACAAAUGCUGCAGUAAGACAUCUUUGUCACAGAAAAGGUUUAUUGAAAAAUAAAGAUUUAUCCUGCAUUAUUCAUCAAAAACAGUGAAAACA